UUGAAUGAUAUCUACAAUGAAUUGUGUUGUAAAAUUGCUUUCAGUUUUCUAAUAUAUAAGGCUAUAAGCCUCAGUAGACUUGUAUUGAUAUGAUAUACAUGAAGUACUUAUAAGUUCAAAUCUAAUCAUAUAGAACAACUUGGAUUCAAAGUUAGACAUCAUGCCAGAAAUAAAUUCACCAGCAUAAGUUAGCUAAAAUUGAUUUAAAAUAUUCAAUAAAGCAAAGAAAAAUAAGAUGGUAUCAAAUAUAGGAAUCAAUAAUCACGGGGCAGAUAUACCUGAAUAUGUCAAUACUGUAUCAGAUGGAGCCAAUAUGGAAACAUUUAACAUUCAAGAAAAGUCACAUCAUCAAGAUGUUCUCCCAAACGUACAGCAUGAAGAAGAAGAAGAAGAAGAAGAAGAUACGGACAAGAAUCAUUUUGUUGCUAAAAUUCAAAACAAAAUGAGCACCAUGUAUAUGGCACAUAAAAAGUCCAUCAAAUAUGCUGCAUUUGUACUGGGGCUACUGCUAUAUGGAGCAUAUCUGGUAUAUGCAAUGUACUGGAACAUUCAGGGUGCCAUACCAUUGAUCGUUAUAACAGCCAUUGUUAUAUUCUUUGUAAUAUACAAUCUCAUCAAAAAAUAUCUCGGACCCAAAAUUCUUAAGGUCCUAGAAAAACCAAUUCACUUUGUAGAAACAAAAUGGAAUAAAUUACGCUGGGUAUGGUAUGUUAUAGUAGCAAUAGCUAUCAUAGUGUUCAUUGGCAUUGAUGCCUCUAGGAAACCUUAUAAGCUGGUGUCUGUAGGAGGCAUAUUGGCCUUCUUAUUGCUAGCAUUUGUGGGAUCAAAAAAUGCAGUUAAGGUGAACUGGAGUCUUGUGCUAUCAGGAAUGGUGUUACAAUUCAUAUUCGGCCUCUUAAUUUUACGUUGGUCAUAUGGACUGAUAGCCUUUCAAUGGCUAGGGGACCAGAUCACAAUGUUCCUUAAUUAUGCAGACUUUGGAUCAAAAUUUGUGUUUGGUGAUGCCUACUUAGAGCAUAUGUUUGUAUUCCAGGUCAUGCCAGUUAUCACAUUCUUUGCUGCCAUCAAUGCAUUAUUGUACCACUGGGGGGUCAUACAGGUGGGGAUCCGCAAGUUUGGCUGGAUGAUGCAGGUCAUCAUGGGUACCAUACCAACUGAGUCCUUCAUAGCAGCUGCAAAUGUCUUUACUGGGCCAACAACAUCAUUACUCACAGUUUCUGGUUUUCUUGCCAAGAUGACAAUAUCUGAGCUCCACUCUGCUAUGACCAGUGGCUUCUCAACAGUGGAUUUUGGCCUUCUUGCUGUCUAUACAUCAUUUGGGGUUGAGUCUAGUCAUCUUGUUGCAGCCAGCCUGAUGUCAGCGCCUGCAGCCCUAGCCAUAGCACGUCUCCUCUACCCAGAGACAGAAAAGCCAUCUAUUGCUGAGGUCAAGGAUAUCAAGUUUGAAAAAUCUCCAGCUAGGAAUUCAAUUGAUGCCUUUGCAUCUGGUGCAAGUGAUUCUGUUCCAGUGGUGGCAAGUAUUGUAGUCAACUUGAUAGCAUUCGUGGCAAUGUUAACCUUCAUUAAUGCAACCCUCAGCUGGCUGGGAGAACGUGUGAGCUACCCUGAUCUUAGCUUCCAGCUGAUCUGUUCUUACUUAUUCUGGCCCUUAGCACUUUUGAUGGGUGUGGACCUCAAAGACUGCUUGAAAGUUGGAGAACUGAUUGGUUCAAAAAUAUUUCUAAGUGAUAUUGUAGCUUAUGAAAAGCUUGGAGAGCUCAUUAACAACAGGAAAGCUGGAAUCCUUCCUGCAAUGUCUAUUCGAUCAGAGGUGAUAGCAACUUAUGCUUGUUGCGGAUUUGCAAAUUUCAGUGAUGUUGGUAUUGUUCUAGGGAGUGUAACUGCACUAGCGCCAUCUAGGAAACGAGAUUUAGCAUCUGUUGCUAUACGGGCCAUGGUUGCAGGGAAUCUUGCUUGCUUUACAACAGCUUGCAUUGCAGGAAUGUUAUUUGACAGCUAGCAAGGAUUCCAUUGAGUGACUUCUAAAGGGCUUCAAGAUACAAGAAACUAAAUCAGAGACAAAACGCAUCAUAAUCAAAAUGAACACUCUAAGAAUGAUAUCUUAUAAUGAUAUCAUUUCAGGCUUAAACCGUAAAAUGAUAUGAAAUGAUUUAAUUGAAGGAGACACAUUUCGUUGGUAUAUUCAUAUAUAUUUUCCAAAUGGUUUAUUAUACAUGUAUAUUAUUUUUUUAUCAGAAAGAACAUGUACAGACCGGGUGAACAAAAUAAAAAAAAUACAAUUUUUGGCCCACCCUAUAUAUUUUAAUGUAGUUGUACAGAAAACAUUGCAGAGCAUAUGAUAAUAAAUAUUAGCAUUGAAAUAAAAUAUACUAAAUGAUCGAGA